GCCGACUAGUAGUGCACUUAUUUUUCCCGAUUCUUAAAACCAAAAUGGAGUCCAUUGCAUUUCUCUUAGCCAAAAAGUUAUCGACUCGAAGCAACCGACCAAGAGCCAAAAUCAACCCCAAUUUGCCACCUGGUAGGAAACGUGGAAUGCAACUAGAACAAAACAGUAAGGAGUAAGGACCCCCUAAUCCAUCCUAAAUCCACCGACAUUGCCAUUCAUCACUCUGCAUGCAAAUCAACGUGUCAAACUCUCGUCCCACAAUACCAUGCACGUAGCAGCUACCACCGCACCCGACCUCCACGUGUCACACUCCCAGAACUUCACUGAUUAUAUAUACGACCACCUCUUGCCUUCCGGAGUACCAAAAUAAACAGAAAAGGAGAGAAAUCAAAAACUCGAAAACCAUUCCAAGUGUUUGCUUGAAAAAAAAAAAAAAAAAAAAAUUUCGUGUCUAAUUUCGAAGUGCAUUUUGUGGGUUUUCAAUGGCGUCGUCCAAGCAAAUGGAGGAGGAGACAGCUGCCAAAGCAGCAGCGAGGCUCGCUGCCCAUGAACCGACAGACGUUAACAGAGGUGUUGUUAAGGAAGAGACGGUCAGGGUGGAGACUACUUAUGUGACUGAUGACCUGGGGAGGCCAAUAGAGUUUGCGCAGCGCGAUGAGAAGCCCGGUGUGCUCGGGUCAAUGAUGAAGGCGGUGACAGGGACUUUGGAGCAUGCCAAGGAAGCUGUGGUGGGGAAACACCACGAAGAAAGUCAGGUUCAAGAGAAGGGCAGGGAGUAUACCACCCAGAAGGGGAGGACCACUGAUGCAGCCGGGGGGAAGAUAAACAAGUAUACUGGAGCCGCUGCAGAUAAGGCAAAACAAACGGCGGAGAAGGCAAAGGAGAAGAAGGAAGCGGCUAAGGGGAAGGUGGGUGAGUAUGCGGAUUACACAGCUCCAAAGGCGAAGGCAACUAAGGACACUGCUGCUCAGAAGGCGAACGAGGCGGCUCAAAAAGCAAAGGAGACCAAAGAAACGGCUGCUCAGAAGGCAAAGGAGGGUGCUAAAGACACAACAGUGGGGAAAGCGAGCGAGUACACUAACUAUGCAGCCGAGAAAGCAAAGGAGGUACAGGACACAACUGUGAACAAAGCUGGCGAGUACACCAACUACGGCACCGAGAAGGCAAGGGAGGCCAAGGACACAACAUUGAACAAGGUGAAAGAGGCGAAGGACACAACGAUGAACAAAGCCGGUGAGUAUACCAACUAUGCCACCGAGAAGGCCAAGGAGGCCAAGGAUACAACGGUGAACAAAGCUGGUGAAUAUACCAACUAUGCUGCUGAGAAAGCCAAGGAGGCCAAGGACACUACAAUCAACAAAGCUGACGCUAAGGAAACCAAGGACUAUACGGCAGAGAAGGCAAAAGAAGGGAAGGAUACUACCGUGAGUAAGUUGGGUCAGCUCAAGGACACCGCUGCUGGCGCCGCUCAGAAGGCCGUAGAGUACUUGUCCGGCAAGAAAGAGGAGACCAAGCAGAAGGGUGUCGAGACUGCCGGGAAAACAAAAUACAUGACUUAUGAGACUGCAGAGAAAACCAAGGAGAAAUUGAGUGAGACUGAGGAGAAAGCGAGGAGAAAGAUGGAGGAGUUGAACAAGGAUGAAGAUGCUAACAGGGCACGUGAGGCAUGUGAGCAAGGGACUACGGGGAGGAGGACAAUUCCCGUUGUGGAGAGGGUGGAGGUUGACGUUGCGGAGACGAGGCCUGGUGACGUGAGUCGUUUGGACGAGGAGGGGAAAGCGCGAGUGGAAGUCCGCAUCGACGACGAGGGCAAAGUGCGCGUGGAGCGCCCUGGCAAAAUGUGAUCGCUUCCGGUGUGCGUAGCGGGGACCGGACUCCUUUGUAAUGAUUCGUACUUUAGUUUUUCUGUCGUAUUUUGGGUAUGCUGUCUUUUGGCUACAUAAAUUGGCUUCGUCCUCUGUAUCAUGUUCAUGUAGAACAUGAUAAA